GUGUCGGGAAUGAUUUUGAUGAGAUAAAAAAGAUCUAAAUCUAGCACCUAUUUCGUUUCGUGUAUUUAUCUUAUGAUAUUAUUAUGGAUUUGAUUGUAAAGUUAGCUGUCAAUUUGAUCUGUUAUAAUGCCGUUUUAGUAUUUUGGACAUGCUCCACAGUUUCCUGUUACAAUUGCUCCGCACUGGAAGGUGUGAUGAUAGGUCACAAGUGUUUUGUGUUUUUUUACGAAAAGAUGAACUGGGAAAAUGCGAAGAAAAAGUGUUUAAACCUGGGACUUGUGUUAGCAAGAUUUGAGCUCUACCAAGACAUUGCCACCGCAUUCAGUUCGGUGGAAAAUAAAAUUGAGGGAAUUUCGUCUGAAGAACACUUCGGGGUUUGGGUCGGAGCCACUGACCGCUAUGAAGAGGAGAGAAUUGUAUGGGAGGACAACUAUGACAAGGUGGAGUUGACCAUGUUUGACCACGCACUGCCCACUGAAUAUAACAAUGACUCCAAUGACUGCGCAGUGAUGGACAAGUUUUAUCUCCUAGUCAUGGAGGAUUGCUACCAAGAACAUUAUGUCUUUUGUAUGGAAGACUCCCUCUCGUGGUUUGAUGACAAGCACCUCUGCCGCUGUCGAAACUCUAUCUGCAACGAAUACUUUGAGUGUGACAGAUACAAAUGUACUGCCUACUGGUUUGACGAGGCGUGCCAGUACAGAGACCUACUGUCUGACGCGAAUGUAGUCCUGUUCAGCUUGGUAGACAAUGACGAUGAGACCUGUGUUGCAAACGUCCCCAGUCCGCUGGUUCUCAAGUUUCAAAGUAGUCAUUUUUUUACUUGGUUAAAAAUUAGCUUUCAUGAGCCUGAUCAGGCGAAAGGAAUCAACAUCAGCUUCCUGUCCAGUGGGACACCAAAAGAGUGUAUGGGUCGUAGAGACCUUGAUGAGGAGUUUAUGAAAGUCAUUUACUGUUUCCUGGGGGAGACAAUGGUAGACAGCGUGACCCUGAGUUGGCAGGAUAGCAAAUAUAUCUGUUCUCUAUUCGUUAAUGGAGGUAAAAACAUAGCUUUGAACGCUAAAACCAGCCAGACUGGAAACGAUUCUACGUCUACUAAAGAGGACAGCACAUCAAAGCAUCCUUCCAUGUCACAGUUAGCAGUAGACGGAGAGGAGGGCUAUCUAUCCCAGUGUACACUGGUUAACAACCCUGGCCUACAAAUAUGGCAGCUCACGUUUGACAAAGAGUACCUGGUAUACGAGAUUCUCCUUUAUAGGAGACGAGGAUUAAGUAACUACACGCACAUGGCUGGCUUCCGGUUGUUGUGCUUUGAUGAGAAAAAUCUUAAGGUGUUUGAGUACCAAGACCAGGACAAUGCUCACGAUGCAGUGGUCAAGAUCAGCAUCGGCAACCUGCAACCUAUUCUCAACAUCCAAGUCGAGUUGGACACCAAAUCUAAGAAGAACAGAAAAAAGUACAUAGAGCUAUGUGAGGUGCAGGUGUUUGGGGAUUGUGCUCCACCUGUAUACGGCACUUUCUGUGACAAAGAGUGUCACCUGUUCUGUAAAGGUCAGGUGUGUAUGUCAAACGACGAAUGUCUCCACUGCGCCCUGGGCAACGUAACGAAAGACUGUAGACCUACGGAUGAACGCAUCACUCCCCCGGCGCCCGUUAAAAAAACCACAAGAACAACCACCACCGAGGUGGCCACUAGGGCGCCCUUGACGGAGCUGUUGGAGUGGCAGAAAUUCUACUUUCUGUUGUUCUUGGUAGCCUCCCUGCUUCUCAUAGUCUUCAUCGCCGUCAUCAUCAUGGUCUACCUCCAGAUUGUCAAGAAGAGCCAGCCGAAGCAGAAACCAAUCGUCAUUGUCAGGGGACGGGAAUCCUCCGACGAGUCACUGGAAGAUUCAUCCUCGGAGACCGAGUCUUUGUUCACGAGGCCAAGCGGCGAUAUAUCAGAUUUCACAGAGUCCAGUCAUUCAAUAUCUACAAAGGUGUAAUAUCUUCUCCAUUCAAAACUGACU